CAUAAAGAAAGCCUCCAAAAGAAUAUUUAGGAUGUAGACAACAAGCGUGAACCAUAAACGUUGAAAAUCGGUCAAAAAUAGAUCGUCAGUGGUGGGUUUCAAGGAAGGGUGAUCGUCAUUGUUUAAAAAUAAGGUCUGUUUGCCAGGGCUAUUUCUAGAGUGCGUUUAGAUAGAGAAUUUUCAUAAAACGUGAUUAUAAACAAAUUGUGUCAUAGUUGACGAGUCACGUGAGAUGUUGCUCUGUUGGUGCGGUCACGAGGGAAGCGCCUCUUAUCUGAAUGGAAAAACACUACGGGCUAGAUGCGGCAUGAACUUUCAGCCGAUUGUCUUUUUUAAUUGAAUAAAAUUUAUGUAAUCGGCCGUUGCCGAUAACCCCGGUUGCCAAUAACAUUAGUCAUUAAUAGGCCGGGGCACGAGCUGUCAUUUCAUUAAGAUAGGUUAUUGCCGAACCCUACUAACGCAUGUUUUUGCGUAGGAAAGAAGGGUGACGAGCGACCGACGCCUAGUGUGUCGCUGUCGUCGACUACUUUUCCCCCUCCACCGCACCUGUUUACCACGGCAUCGCGUCGUCUGCCGAUUAAAGGAAAUCGACGCAUCGCUCUCCCUAUAUAUGUUGCGGGAAACUCGAGCAUUUUCAUUCAAGCAACAACUACUUACGGAAUUAGGUACCUAAGCAACUCAUCAGCCUACUCCACUUGGAGCGCCUGCGCCACCAUCAUCAAGUGUUUUCAAUUGUUUAUCUUCUCUCGACCAACUAGUUCUGUGCAAUCAUGAGGGACCUCACCAAAAUGAUGAUGAAAAGGCGCGAAAUUUUCGAUCCCUCAGAGCUUCUGAGGCCCGAGCCAAAAUUCGCUGACAAGCCAAUUUCAGAGUUCAGGGACUACAGCAUCAACGAGAAUGAUCCGAUGAAGGAGAGAGUGAGGCAGACCUAUUUGCAGAUGCAUACUCAUCAAACUGUCGGAUUCGUUCAGGGAAGAAUGGACAGAUGGCUGAAGUUUGACACGUUCGAAGCGACCAUAAUGGAGGCUCUGUUCAAGCUGAAUGAUCUAGUGGAUGAGAGUGACCCUGACGUGGACAUCCCCAAUGUGGUGCAUGCCUUCCAGACAGCCGAGCGAAUUAGGGCAGAGCACCCUGACGACGACUGGUUCCACCUCACAGGACUCAUCCAUGAUCUCGGCAAGGUGUUGGCAUUCUACGACGAGCCACAGUGGGCCGUGGUGGGAGACACAUUCCCGGUCGGCUGCGCCUGGGCUGACAGCAUUGUGUACAGGGACACCAGUUUCCAGGCCAAUCCCGACAGAUUCAAUCCCAAAUACAACUCCAAGUACGGAGUUUACAAACCUAACUGUGGCCUGAAUAGCGUUAUGAUGUCUUGGGGACAUGACGAGUACAUGUACAGAUUCCUCAAGUACAACAACACAAGGCUACCUGAGGUCGCUCUCUACAUGAUCAGAUUCCACUCAUUCUACCCAUGGCACUCAGGUGGAAGUUACGAUUACCUCUGCUCGGAGAAGGACUUGGAAAUGAAGAAGUGGGUUUUGGAGUUCAACAAAUACGACCUCUACACGAAGAGCACAAAAUUGCCAGACAUCGAGUCACUGAUUCCCUAUUACCAGGGCCUGAUUGAUAAGUACAUUCCUGGUGAGCUGAAGUGGUGAAAUACCCUCUUUGUUAAGACCCUAGUAGCUCAACACUGAAGCUCUUCCUAUUUGUAUCAAAUCGAUCACUCAGCAUAUAUAUGUUUCGCAACAUAUAGUGAUUAUUUUUGCUUAUAGCAAAUGUAUUCUUAAAGUAUUAUAAUGGGAAAGUUUUCCAUUAGUAACAACUACAAGCUUUGCUGUUUAUUAUACUACUAAAGCCACGUUUACACCAUACUGGUCAGCAAUAAAAUAAAGUUGACGAAUGGUUUUCUUCAAAAAAGUUGUGAAUUUCUCUGUAGAAAACAAGUUAAUGCUGCUGUGCUAUUCAAGAAAUUGGCUACAAAUUGCCGGAGUUUGUUGAAAUCUCAGCUAAUAGCUGUGGUUUAAGCGUGGCUCAAGUGUAUAAUUCCUAUUUAAUAAAUUAUAUACUACUGUAUGAUAUCAGAUUAGUUUAUGAUAAUUUAUUAUUUAUAGGCUACCUAAAAACGAUUAGAAAAUCGUUCUAUUCAAUAACAUUAUUUUCACUUGUAAAUGUAACAGAUUACUAGUGGAAGUGUAUUCACAUAUGAAUGUAAACAUAAUAUUAUUCUCUUAGAAUAGAAUUUAACCUACUUACAAUCUAUAAGCUAUUAUGCCAAUAUUAUUAUGUAUGUUAUUUGCACAGUGAUUUUCUACUCGCCUAUUGUUAUCAAACUGGAAAUUUUAUUUCUAUUAAGUUAUUAUUUGAAAAUGAUUCAAUAUUGUUUGAAACAGAUAUUCUUAUUAAAAAUGUGAUUCAUCUUCGCAUUAUGUAUUGUACCAAGUAUUGAAAAGUUUGAUAUUGCACAGUUGAAGUAAUUCAUUAUGAUUCAUGAAUGAAUUAUUUCAGCUUCGGGAAAUUCUCCUAAAAACUUGUUAUAAAUUGAAUAUAUUUGUAUAGAGAUGGAAUGAUUUUUUCAUUAUUGACUCGUGCAAGUUACAAAGACCCUGAGCUGUCAUUCUGCACGUUGAAAGCCUUAUUAUUAUUAUUAGCCUUUAUUAUUUUUAUUAUUAUUAGCAUUAUGCAGUUGAUAAUUUGAAUAACAAUAAUUUAUGUAGACAGACAUUUCUGUCAUAGAAUAGCUUAUAAUUUUUUAUAUUGUGAAUGCUAUUUUUAUAAUAAAAAAUAUCUGAAUAUACAA